AUGCCGAUAUCUCCAGUACGCGAUCAAUUCCCUUCACACGGUAAUAACCAGAUCGCCAAGGACCAAGCUGAUUGUGCGAUGCAACAGGCACAAUGUCGAGCACUAUGCCCAUGGCAGCUGGUGUCCUUCGUUUUCUCGCUCCAGUCUUGGUUGGGUGAAUCCCCAGACCAGAAGAAGAAUGCUUCUACCCCGGCAUACAUGUCGGUUCUGAUGUCCUGUUCUGAUGGCAUUGUGUGUUACCUAUUUCCCCCUCUUCCUCCCCCCGCAGGCUCCUGGCGGUGUCGCCGCCGGAACCCCGUCGCCAUCUCCUUGAACGCCCGGCCGGACCCAACACGCCUUCUUUCUACACAUACCAUAAUUUCCACAGUCUACCAUAAGCUACAAUGGAUUAUUUGCUCGCAGAUUGGUGUUUUCGGUUCAGGGACUGUGAUUUGUUUCGUUGCCUUCUCUGGCGACGCUGUAUCUAUAUUGAACUCGAAGUUCACCUGGCAAGGACAAGCCAAGAUGCUUGCCACUGCCACUAGCCGUGUCGAGUUUAUGUCCAUCGAAAACCUCAAGACCUUCGACCCCUUCGCCGAAGCCGACGAAGAUACCGGCGAGACUAAACAGUCUCAGAACUACAUCCAUAUUCGGAUUCAGCAGCGCAAUGGUCGUAAGACUCUGACUACUGUUCAGGGUCUUCCCAAGAAGUUUGACCAGAAGAAGAUUCUGAAGGUCAUCAAGAAGAAGUUCGCUUGCAAUGGCACCAUCGUCACUGACACUGAGAUGGGUGAGGUGAUUCAGUUGCAGGGUGACCAGAGAAAGGAUGUCCAGGAGUUCUUGACCGACAAGGACGGCCUCGAGCUUGAUGCCAAGAGCAUCAAGGUCCACGGUUUCUAA